GGGAGCGGCCGUUUUUUAAGGCGCUGGCUGCGCCCCCGGCUGUGUGGAGGUUGUGGUUGUGCGUCCUCCGAGCAUGGAGACCGUGCGUGUGGCGAUCAUCGGCAGUGGACUCAUUGGUCGCAGCUGGGCCAUGGUGUUUGCUGCUGGAGGCUUCCAAGUGAGACUUUAUGAUAUUGCACAACAACAAUUAACAACUGCACUGGAAAACAUUCGCAAACAAAUGAAAGAGCUGGAGGAGUCGGGAUUCCUGAAAGGAACUUUGAGCGCAGAGAAGCAGUUGGCUCUCAUCAGCAUCUGCACAGACCUGAAGGCUGCAUUAGAGGGUGCUACUUUCAUUCAGGUAAGCAAAUGUUUGACAACUCCUAGCAAACAAGGAAAGAUGAAAAACUGCUUGCUGUAGGUGGACA